AUGUUGAACAUCCUCCUCGUUGUCCUCUUCAUACGUGGUGGGAUAUGUGUCUUCAAGAUGGGCAACACUCGCAUGCAGAUGAAGACGACACAUUUCUGCAAUCUUGACUUGAGGGACACCAAAGGGAAGCCAGUGGCAUGUCACAUCUCCAAGGCUAUGGAAACUGAAGGGCUGGUUCUACCUGGUUGGGAUGAUCACAAGUCGUUCACUGUACAUCGAGACGUCUUCGUCUUCAAGGACGGUCAAGCGGUAGUUCAAGCAGCGCCAAAUCAUCCGUAUCUGUAUCUCCUCAUGAGCCAGAACGACACGCACUUCAGCACCUCCGAACUCUUCAAUAAACAGUCAUUCCUCCUAAAGCAGGGAACCUGGGGGAAGCAUGAUGCGCCCAAUUCUCGGAGGCUCAAUGCCAAUCAUACACUCGAGGAUGAUGGUUGGGUCUAUAAAGGUUCGGUAGACGAAGGUGGACAGACGCUUAACAAAUGGUUCAGGAGAGGAGCAGAAGGUGUUGAUCCAGAAUCGGGUCUCAACUUCACUGCCCUCGCCCAGACUGGUGUAAUCUCUAACGCUUGGGUUCUCUAUCUUGACAAGGAUCAGAAGCAGAUGGUGAAAAUCUUGGGCAUUAACACCUUCGAGAAUGAUAAAGUCUAUCUCAAGUCCGACAUCACUCACUGGGAAGAGCUCGAUGAUGCAUUAACUCUGGAUGUUGCCAUGAAGGAUAUUUAUGCGGCGUAUGAUAUCGUGAAGAGCCACGAUCUGGCAGCAGCGGGAGAUGAGGCGCCACAACUAGACCUUGAGUUCAUCAAGACCCGCUUGGUUAGCGAGGAGGCUCGUCUAUUCUUCAACGAUGGGAAGAGCCACGAGUGGAGGUCAAACAAGGCUCAUAUUCGUGGAGAUAAGUCGGUAGCACCGAUCGAUUAUUUCCGCCUACCCAAUGGCACUGCUGCACACAAGUUCUUCCUGUACAAGUAUCACUCUCCUUUACAGGAGCAGGAUGAUAGAGAGUUCCAAUUACCCUCGGCUUGCAGGAAUAGUGUGGUCAGGUCGGUCAGUAAAUUCUGCCUGUAUGUUGGUUAUAGCUCUAACGACACGCUACUGGCCCUCGACCUAUAUAUGGCUUAUACCGAUGUAGAUAUAGCGGAAAAUAGAGCUCACCUCAAUGUCACAAUCCGUUUGAAGCAGCCGGAGACGGAGGUCCUAUUCUUUGCUUUCGACGCCGCUGGAUGUGCUCUAGUUUGGGGUGCUGAUAUUGGCUUUGCAAGCUUGCGCAUUGAAGUAUGUCUUACGGGUGAAGGCAGGGGUGGGGAUGGCAUUUACGCGGGGAAAAUAGCGAUGUCGGUCUCGGUCAUAAUCCAAGUUGGUUUCUUCCCUGUUUUGAAAGCCACACUCCAUGGUCAAGUUGCGGUCAAUGCUUCGGACAAUGGUGAUAUCCGAGCAUAUGGUGAGCUGGGUAUUUCUGUUUCGCUGGCACUUGUCGGAGCGGGUAUGUCUGUGGACAUCUUCGGGAACACCGUUGAUCAUAAAUCGGAUAUCUGGAAAUUUAAAUCCCACUUCAAUCUCAACGUAUGGGCCUAUUUCUUUCUCUACAGGAAAGAUUGGCCAUGGAGUUGGACUAUUUGGGAAGCUGGUCCAGUUAAAUUGCGAUAA